CUCAGGAGAACUGCAUCCCAGACCUGUGGUGAACCGCUGUGAACUCCACCUCCUCCCUGUCUCCAGCAACAUCUCUAACGUCCGUAGCAAACUACCUGCUCUCUGCAGAGCAAGGCAAGGGAACCAUAGCCUGUGCGAAGUAUACUGAGAAGCAGCUGGCUUCCCUUCGUAAUCUAAGCCAUCCCCAACUCCGAGCAACGUAGCCCUAGUCCACACUCCUGUGUCUCUUCAACUACCUUCCCCACACACUUCAUCCUUGCCCAUCCUCUGCUUUGGAGUGAGCCUGAAGGAACUGGAAUGAGUUCAGGCUGGUGUGAUGGUGUCGGCUGGCUGUGAAUCUGCCCUGUCUGAAGCCCUGGAUGUUAAACAGAACAAAGCAACAAUGUAGAUCCAGUUGGACUUGAGUUUUCUAUUGAUUUAGUUCCCUCAGCUGGCUUGGCCUGGGGUCAGAGCACCGAGGAGGACAUGGGUAGGUGUGGUGUUAGGGAAAGGUGAGACCAGAGCAGCGGUUUGAACUAUCACGGUACUGAAUCUUUCCUGGUUUAUGGAUGCUUCCAACAUCCCCAGGUUUUGAAGGCUAAAGUAAUUCCAGGUUUUCCACAGAUCCUUGCUCUAACACAGCCUCUCUGUUCACUCCUCCUAUGUGCCAGAUCUCAGCCCUGCUCUGCCUUUUCCUUGCCUGCAAGUACUUUUCAAUCAGGCAAAAUACAAUUUUGAAGACUUCAGGUUUUCUGCAGCUUCUGGUUGGCAUGUGCAUCUCUGCUGGCCUUUUAAACCUCAGGUUAAUGAAGGGAUUGUUAAUUAAUUCAAACUAGUGAUUUCCUCUGCACAAGCUAGUUUCAAUUUUUCGUAAUUGUUUGCUCCAAGAAACAAAUAUUUGUGGCUUACCCAAAGCUGUGCCUCAGGAUUAGCCAAAGAUGUGUGUCCUGGAACAAGUGCUUGCAGAGCGUCCAGACUAACAAGCUCAGAGAUGCUGACUAAUUGAAAUAAAUUGGCAAUUGUUAAUACUCUCGCUGUAUUUCCUGAAGAAACAAGGCAAAAAGCAAAUAUGACUGAGAGUUAUCCCACUGACAUCAAAGGCUGUAUUUGUGUCAGCACUACUCAUGCUGAAGAUCUGUUGCAGAGUUGGAUCCUUUGGUGAGGAACUGACAAUCGUUUGCAAACAAACUUUGGAAAUACUCCAGCCAUGGCUGUCAGUGCUCCUCUGGCUAGAGUCAGGCCAGCUUGCAGCCUGCGCUGGCUGCAGGGGUGCUGGAGCCAGCAAUAAAGGCUGUCUGGGCCUGCAGCAAGAGCAGAGAUUUGCACUUGGACCCUUGUACCUUCUCCAGGUACAAGCAAUCCUUCUACGACAUGAAGAAGGAUUUCCCUCUGCAAAGCUGAAAUGUAACAGCUCAGCUCCAGUGUCUGCUGAUGCCCUUUAGGAGUGAGCUGGAGGUGAAUGUUUGCUGCUUGAGGGACAAGGCAUGAAAAAAUGGAGCCAACCAGGGCAGUGGGACGGUUCUUCCCGAACAACCUCGGAGCGCGUAGCAGUUUCCGCCAGGCUGUGGCCAAACUGCUCCCGGGCUUGCAGUGAGGCACGAAGUGACGCGCGCUGAAAGGGGGCCCCCCUGGACACAAAGGAAGAGUCUUUUCCUGGUUUCCUCAUUCCUGAGUAAUGAAAGUAUUACUGCAAAAAACUGUCUGUGUGGCUUGUAUUGAGGAGCUGGGCAGUGUCCAGCAAUAAAAAUGCCUUUCGCCCACUACUUUGGCACAUUGCAGAAUGUAAACACUGAAAAUGAAUAUAAUUUCACCUCAUCAUAGGAGUGCUUGUAAAUUUUUUUUUGUUUUUUUUUCAAGACAAUAUUGCCAGGAUGAAAAUAAUACAUUAAAAUGAGCAAAGAGCAAAGUAGCUCGCUUGGAUUGCUCACAUUAUUUUGGACUGUCAAAGCCAAAGGAAUCUUUUUGCUGUUUUGGCUGGUGCACUGCUGCCUCCACGGGGCUGGGGACCUGGGGCACUUCCCUCCAGUGCUUCACCUCUUGGUCCUCCCAUGACGGUGCGGAGAUGUGAUGUUCCCCAGAGAAGAUGGGUCUGAUGGGGGCCAGGUCCCCGAGUGACAUAGCCUUGUGGUUGUCUCCUCUUCUGGGUGAGAGCCUUCUCCUGCGUGCUCCUCGGCUUGCAUGGGGCUGAGGCGCGUGUUGGCCGGGCCUUGCAAUUCAGCAGCAGCUUCCACCUGUGGAGGUGCAGGGAAGGUCUGCAAAGGAGGUGCUUCAGGGUGCCUACAGGCCCAGGCAGAUGCCAGGGCGUUGAAGAGAAGAUCAAGUUUUCCUUCAUGAACAAGGUGCCCUCGUUUUUGAUUUUUUUUUCAAUGAAAGUUGAAGUUCUGCUAAAAUAUGCGUAUGACUUGAGGAGAUUGAGCCCAUGAGAGGCUCCGUGGUGCCUCUGAAUUGACCAGCCCUGGGUUCAAGCUGCGUUGCGCUGGAUUACAAGCUGCUUUGUCAGUAAUGGAUUUUUAUAGAUCUGUAGCCAAAACUCGUAUGCUGUGCCUGAACCGCUCAGCAACGCAAAACCAGUUAGUUAGGUAUAAUCAGCGUCUGCUCGUUACUCUCUCAGCGCAGGCGUUUUAUUUAUGCAGGGCUCGGCCUCGGACGCUUGCCCGGCUGAUUUCUCCCGCUGGAAGCGACCUCACAGAGCGGCGGCGCCGAGCAGCAGGUUCCAGCGUCUCCGAGGCGGAGCAGCCGCCGUCCCGCAGCGCCGGAGCGCCCCGAGAGCCUUCGGGAAAGCUGGGCGCCCCGGCGGUCGAAGCGGGGCCCUUGGGAGCAUGGAGUACGUAGAGCCUGCCCAGAAGAGACAAGUGAUAUCCGAGCUGCUGAUUAAAUCUUUGAAGUCCUCCUCUGAAACUGAUACGAGAGGGUCUGCGCUUUGGCAGUUCAGGAGAAAGGACACCGAAUUUUGUGCCUACCUGCGCAGACUGCUGAACAGUCCAGUCUUCACAUUCCUUAUGAUAUGCAGCAUCUCACUGAACGCCAUCUUCCUGGCUGUGGAGACUGACUACCGCCUCAGGUUAAGCUCGAGUACCUUUUUUGCGCUCACAGAUACUCUCAUCCUCUCCAUCUACACCAGCGAAUUUUUGAUGAAGGUGUACGUAGAUCCCAUCACCUACUGGAAGGACGGCUACAAUGUCUUAGAUGCUGUCAUCCUGCUCAUUGCAUUCAUCCUGUACGCCUCCAGCACGGGGGCCGCCACGCACUUCCACUCCUGGGAAACGGCCAAAGGUCUCCAGGCCCUCCGAAUUCUCAAACUCAUCAAGUACAGCAACGGGAUGAGGAUUUUCACAAAGGCUCUUGGCCAGAUGGUGAAGACAGUGAUGUAUGUCCUCAUCUUGCUGUUCCUGCUGAUGUUUAUAUUUGCCAUUCUGGGACAUGGUUUGUAUGGAGUUCCUGAAACUGGAGACACUGAAAACUGGGGCAACAUGGAGGCUGCCUUCUUCACACUCUUCAGUUUAGUAACUGUUGAUGGCUGGACAGACUUACAGCAAGAGCUGGAGGAUCAUGGGUUUACAAAUAGCCACGUGUUCACGAUAGUGUUCAUCUUACUGGGGUUCUUUGUGUUCUUCAAUAUGUUCAUUGGAGUUGUGAUUAUCAAAAUGCAGAACUCAACUCAGAGCUAUGAACAAGAGUGCAAAGCAGCAAAGAAGGCUGUGAUUUGGGCCAAGAAACAGGCAAUCCUGAAAAAGCAGCAGGAGGAAGCGAACAAGCUCACGUGUCAGCAGUUUUCCUGCCCCGUUGUACAGGCUGAACUGAAAGGAGAAGUGCCGAAACCCUUGGAGCAAGGGUCUGGCUCUGCUGGGACGCUGGCUGCUUUCGCCAGGCCUGCUGGUGCACAGGAGCCAGAUAAAGUUGCUGAUGGGAUUGCCAAGGGUUGCGCCAGGGGUCAGCGGCGGAGCUGCGGCACGAAUACGGACUGCCCCGUCCCCCCUUCGCCGCUGGACCACGCUGCCGUGCUGAAUAUACAACACUUCUGAUGUAUGUUGAAAUCAGCUGUGAAUCUGUAAACCCAGUUACAUUAAGCCUGGUUCAAAUGAAAUCUGUUUAUGUCUCAAACGCUCCCGGCUGGUCAAAGCAGAACUUAACUAACCUAACGCUGUUUGUGUUCAAAGCCUCUUAAACCCCUGCUCUGACCAUCUUGAGAGUGAAAUAUAAAGUCCUUGCUAGGAUCUGGCCUGAGUCCAGGGAGUCAUUUCAGACUCGCCCUCUCUUUUGCUCAUGGGGCCGUUUAGAAAAAACAUCACACAUUUUAAACAGCGAUGGAAAAAAUAAUUUUAAUUCACUUCUGUUUACAUAGCAUUGGAAGCUUGCAAGGGUUUGUACAGACUAUUAUUAAUGAUUUAAACUGGUGCUGUAAAAUUGUUGCCUUGUUCUGUGAACACGAAGCUAAUUCUGUGCUGGUCUAGCUAAGUGCUGGUUUCCAGAGCUAUGCUCCGGGGAGGGAGCAAGGAUCUCAUGGCUUGGUGGCCCCCAAUCGUUGCCUUUUAUUCCGGCAUCCUAGGAACAGCCUCCUGCCUGUUCUGCUAGUGUUAAAGUAUUAAAACCAAAAGCCUGGAUCCAGAGAAAUGGCCACCUCUUGUUGGUUGCCUUCAUUUUGAGAUGCUGGGCUUGGAGGUUUUAGAUGGCCGGGCCGUUGGCACGGGAGGCGUAUGCACGCUCUAAGCACCUUUCUGUAGACAUGCCUCAGAGGAGGUCUCCAAAGUCUUGAUCCAGCUUAAUCUAGCAAAUCUUGAUCUAGCUGUUUGGGAGCCUGGCUGCUUUUUCGGUUCGGACAUCGUAAGAACCAGGCUUUGCUCCUCUGAAACGGAGGGAGUCGUGCCUGCACGUGCAGCAGGCGGGCGCGAGAGGCGAGUUGGUCGCAGGCAACGUGCCCUGAUGGCUCUCGAGCCGGUGGAGGUGGCAGAUGAGCAGGCACAGGGACGCCUGCGUGUGAGCUCGGCCCAUGUCACACGCAUCCUUGCACGCUUCGAUCAGAAGACUUGGACAUGGUUUUACUAGUCUGUUGCACAGCGGGGUCUCGUACCUAUAAAACUGCUCGUAAUUACUGCCUAAGUUACUGGACAGGGUGAUGCUGAUUUUGUCAUAUAGCCCAAUAGGGGUUUGUCUAUUUAAUAUAAACCUUCCUCUGCCAUAA